ACCGCGUUGGAACUUAAACAACGUAUGAGCCACGCAAAUGCACGGCUCGAGAAAAGUCAAAUACUAGACAACAGAGAGACUUCUCUGCGAAUACUUAUACUCAACAUCACCAAAAUUGAAGCCGUAACGACGGUCCUCAUUAGCAGGUUCUCAACGAGAGAAGUUUUUGAUCCCCCAACAAGGCUCGAUUCGAUUCCACCCAGAAGAGAUGAGCGCCUCCCGAUAUCUUUCUGACAAUUCCAAUCCAGAGUCGCCUGGCGAUCCUUUAAAUGGUUCAUUCAACUCGACGAUGGAUCGGUUCUUAGCUGCUGCCAUUAUUUCCGGUGUGGUGGGGACUGCAGCAACUAUUGCAAUCGUGUACUUCAUCAUCGAUUGCUUGAAGAAAGCAGGAACUGCGAUCCCAAGCUUGGCCAAGAUAGCUACUAAUGACUUGGAAAAAUUUCCACAAGUUGUUCGUCCUUUGCCAUCCGAAGUAAUCUCUGUCACCCCGCCAGCUAUCUCACCAGGACACAACUGGGAUGUGCCCAAUGAGUUUGGCACCCUGGAAAGGUUCCUGAAUCCUCCCAGGUUUUCUUCAGAUCAGCUGGCUGCUUACACCUCAGGUUACGCCACUGUGCUUGGUUCCGGCGCUUAUGGAGUUGUCUUCAAAGGGGAGUUGCCGAACGGAACUCUGGUGGCCGUCAAAGUGCUCACGAACGCCCACGACAAGAGGAUGAAGGAGCAGUUCAUGGCAGAGGUGAGCUCCAUUGGAAGAACUCACCACAUAAACCUUGUCAGGCUCUAUGGCUUUUGCUUUGACCCAACAACAAGGGCGCUCGUCUAUGAGUACAUGGAAAAUGGGUCCCUUGACAAGUUCCUGUUAGGAGACCAGAUGGCGAUCGAUGGUCACAAGAUGCAUGAGAUUGCCGUGGGGACCGCAAAGGGGAUUGCCUACUUGCACGAGGAAUGCGAGCAGCAGAUCGUCCACUAUGACAUAAAGCCCGGGAACAUCCUCCUGGACCAAAACUUGAGGCCGAAGAUUGCAGACUUUGGGCUCGCCAAGCUCUGCAAUAGGGAAAGCAGUCAGAUCCCCAUGACAGGGUUUCGUGGCACACACGGGUAUGCCGCGCCAGAGAUGUCGAAGCCAUAUCCUGUGACGUACAGGUGCGAUGUGUACAGCUUCGGAAUGGUCCUAUUUGACAUCAUGGAGAGGAGGAUAAAUCAUGACAUGGACCUAAAAGAGUCAAUGUCGGGGCUACCACAGUGCACAUGGCACAUUUUACAGAAUGACAGGUUGUUGGAGAUGGUUUGCGGGUUUCCUGAGAGUGAAAGAAAGAAGGCGAUGAUGAUGUUGAAGGUGGCUUUGUGGUGCAUUCAGUAUAAGCCGGAGGCGAGGCCGAUGAUGAGCGCUGUGGUGAAGAUGUUGGAAGCAGAUGUGGAAAUUCCGACGCCUGAUUGUCCGUUCGAGAAUCCCAAUUUAGAUAAGCCUUCUCAGGGCUCGGGAAAUGGAAGUGAACGGUACUCGGACUCAUCUGCUUUUAUCAUAUCUUAAGCAGACAUCAAACAUAGCAUAUGAUAAAUUUUAUCCUAUCUUGAAUUUUAUCUAGAUCAUCAAAUGUGGCCUUAGAGAUUUUUCUAGGAUCUUAUGUUAAAUAUACUCGAUUAUUCUAUUAAUUAUUAGUGUCUCCCAAUAUUGCAUGUAUAUUGCAAGAUUGUGUAUAUCUUGAUUGAGAUGUCAUCUUAAAUUAGUUUUUUAAUAAAAUAUAUAAAUAGGCUCAUGUAUUCUUAUUCAAAA